GAGGCACAGCGGGACGGGCCCAGGAGAAGACAAGUCAAAGACGAACCAAAGAGCAGCCAGGUCAGCGUGUAGAGGUCGAAAUAGGGAGCUGGGACGGGGGGUCGGGUGAACCCCCGGCUGGCCCGAAGCAGGCCGGUCCUGAGGAAGAAGAAAGAGUCCGCUGGAGAAAGGGGGGGUCGACUACCCCAAGUCCUGUUUCUCUUGAGAGUGCUGCCACCUCUCCAACACCAUGGGAGAAUGGACCAUCCUGGAGAGGCUGCUGGAGGCGGCUGUCCAGCAGCACUCUACCAUGAUUGGAAGGUGGCCAGAAAAAGGAGACCAAAGGGAUGUCCGUGUUGCUCUGUUUCUGCUGGAUAUGAUCCUGCUGACGGUGGUGGUGAUUUUCCGCAUCCUGAUAGUCGGUAUAGUGGGAGAGAAGGUGUACGAGGAUGAGCAAAUCAUGUUCAUCUGCAACACCAUGCAGCCCGGCUGCAACCAGGCUUGUUACGACAAAGCCUUCCCCAUAUCGCACAUCCGAUACUGGGUCUUUCAGAUCAUCCUGGUGUGCACGCCGAGUUUGUGUUUCAUCACAUACUCUGUCCACCAGUCAGCCAAAGCACGGGACCGAAGCUACUCUUUGCUGCAUCCUUACAUGGAUCACCACGGUCACGGUCAUCAUGGCCGCCAUCACGACCAUCAUGCUCGCAAGCUUCACGCCCGUAAUGUCAACGGCAUCUUGGUCCAUCCUGACAGCAGCAAGGAGGAUCAUGACUGCCUGGAGGUGAAGGAGAUACCCAAUGGACCUCGUGGUCUUCCUCCAACCCACAAGAGCGCCAAGGUGCGACGGCAGGAGGGCAUCUCUCGCUUUUACGUCAUUCAAGUGGUGUUCAGAAACGCGCUAGAGAUCGGCUUCCUGGCCGGCCAGUACUUCCUGUACGGGUUCAAUGUGCCUGGGAUGUUCGAGUGCGAUCGCUACCCGUGUGUGAAGGAGGUGGAGUGUUAUGUAUCUCGUCCCACAGAAAAGACCGUGUUCCUGGUCUUUAUGUUUGCAGUGAGCGGCAUAUGUGUGCUGCUCAACCUGGCUGAGCUAAACCACCUCGGCUGGAGGAAGAUAAAGACGGCCAUCCGAGGGGUGCAGGCACGCAGGAAGUCCAUCUGUGAAGUGCGCAAGAAGGAUGUUUCACACCUGUCCCAGGCCCCAAACCUGGGCAGAACCCAGUCUAGUGAGUCAGCCUACGUCUGACAGAGGCUCCUCCGCCUGGGGGCUCGAGGACCACUUUCAUUUUGGAGAAGAGCUUUUCCCCGGCCCAGGACCCCCGAUCAUUAGGGCACAAAACUCACCACUGCAGUAUUAUUCAGGAGCAAGGACAGACUCUGUGUAGCAUCAACUUACCAAGUAGACUUUGACACUUUAAGAGACUAGAAUCACCUUCCUACUGAGGCAACUGUGUUGCUGUAACAAAGCUUACACCUGACGCUUUCAUGAUGCAGAGGUGUGCUCUGCAAAUGUGACACUAGCUGCCUUCAAAGAACCCAACAGAUUAAACUGAGCAAUUUCUAAACACUGUAAAGAUAGUCAGAGGUUGAAUUAUCUGAAGUUCUCCAUUAUUUGCCUUUGCUGUAGGUCAGAAAUAAUCCCCUUAUUUUCCAAUUAUGUGCAUAUGCAAGAGCUUAAGCGUGUGCAUGCAUACGCAUGUGUGGGAAAAAAAGCCAAUCUCUGACUCGAGUCAGAAAAUUGAAUGCUAAGCUACUCUGAGCUACCAAGAGAAAGAUAAUGCUAUUUCUCAUUGUCCUUAAGCUUCGAGUAAAGUCGCUCGGCGGACAAAUAAGCACCUUUUUUAAAACUUACAAAAAGUCAAACACAAAACCAACAGCACUAAAAGCAUCAGCGUGAACUGGAACACAGUAUUUGUGGUCAGUGUACCAGACCUUGUCUUGAAUAGUCACUUUUUCUUAUAUUCUUUGGUGCAUUAGGUACCAAUCAGACUAAAGACUGACAUUACCGGGAGCUUUUGUGAGACACAUGGUGCAUUUAAGAUGAGUUAUAUUUACUUUUCAACACUGUGUUACACACUGCUAUGCUCCCAGUGCCUACAAGGCAUGCUGUUUACUCUCAGAUAAAGGAAAGGUAUAACAGUGACGACAUUUUGGCCUCCAGAGUUUCACAUCACUGUCAAGAAGGUUAUUUCAAAAUUCUUUUUUUAAAUAAACAAGAAAAAGUACAGUAGUCACAUAUAUUUUAACUUGUAACCUCAAGCUUUUUUUUCACAAGCAGACUUGGUGCCAUAUUUCAAAGUUACUGUACAUAGAUGAAAUGUUAUAAUUACACUUAGCCUUUUCCCGAUGCGGUGUAGAGGGGCUUCACUUGAAUGGGGGAACAGGGGUUUGGGUGGUAAUGAAGAUUAAUCAUAGAUUGCCAGCUUUAACAAUAUGUAUUAUUAAUGUGCUCUUUGUUAAGCCUUCACCCUCUAAUGGAGACUAUAUGUUCUGAAAGUGUUCCCACUGUAAGGACUCUGAAAAAGGCAUGUUACUGAAGCAUUAAUAGA